GUUUUUGUUCGUCGCUUUCGAAAGUUUCUACAUUCAAAAUGGCAUCAGGUGUACCUCGAGAAAUAGCGCUAGACGAUCCCUGGCGUGAGACCUAUGACCCGUAUGAAGACUUUGCAGAAAAGAGAGAAAUGAUCCGGCUCAUCCGCCCCCAUCCUGUUGUCGUCGAAGUCGGCAAGAAACCAACAUCGGACAUGGAGGACCAGUGGAAGUCGGAGGUAGUCAGUAAAAUGAUGAGCGUGGACUUCCCCGGUCUGCUUGGCUUGCUUGGCUACCAGAACGACUUUGUCGAGUUCCAGAACUUGGAAGGCUCUAAACUAUCUGAGCUUGCCGAAAAGAUUCAGACCAAGGAGGUUCUCAAGGACGUUCAGUUCAUCCGUGAAACAGGCACCAGACGCGAGCCUGUGCGCUUCAUCGACAACUACUUCCACUUGCUCAUUGACGAGAUUGCUCCCGAGGACAGGGCAUACCAUGACAUCAUCAAUCACGACUGGCGUCCCAUCGUUGACACUGACCUGAUGCCUGGUCUCAUUGUCAGCUAUGCUGAGAAAGGAUUCAAUGAUGAUCGAGGUCGCCUUCGAGUAAUCCUGGCACACAUAUUUAUGCCAGUGGUUAUUUCAGGACACGGAUUAGUCACUGACGCCAGCAAAGACAAGGACAUGGCAAAGAUGUGCGCCUGUGUGCGUGGUAUGUGGGCGACUCAGACAGCGCGUACGUUUAUCCCAGCGCUGUACAUCGAUGACGACUUCAAUGCGACGUUUUAUGUCUUUGCCCGUGGCAGAGUCCUGAGUACGACACUUGGCUCGCUCGAAGACACCAGCAAGAGCUCGCUGACCACAACGAUUACGCGACUGGCAUUCAUCCUUCAGCUGCCAGACACAUUUGGUUGCUUUUCUGCUUGGACUGAUGGAAAAAAGGACAUCAAGUUCGUUCACCCGAGCCAAGGUGAAGAGGGGUCUUCCCUUGCAGCUCUUUAUGCGCAGCCAGUGAAUAUCGUUGGUUGGCUGUUUGGCCCUGGGGAUGGAGAGUAUAUCUACCUGGACUUUCCACUUAAGGUUCCUGACGAUAUCACCCUCUUUGGGCAUCUGAACUCAUUGGUGGAACUUAGAAUAAGUACUGAUGAGAAACUAACACUGUUUUCCUGGUAUCCCACGUCUAGCCGCACCUGGGGCAACGUCGACGGUAUUCUGCAAACCCAACCCUCUGGUCUGAUUCCAACGAUUCGAGACCGUGGCAUCAUUGUGGCGGACUUGUUCGGCUAUCGUCUCGAGUACAUCAUCUUUGACUACAAAGGCGAGCCUACAGAUGAUCUUGUGAACGAGCUCCUUUGGCUAAGAGACGGUCGUGCAUGGGCUACGUCUUCUCUCGACCAGCCUGAAAGUCAAAGACCUUGGGAUAAACGCGCCGACAACCAUCCAGCUCGGUUUUCAAGCAGGUUCCUCAGAAAGCGCAGGCUGUCUAGCCGCUCUGAUACUAGCGCUUCUUCUACUGAGAAGCAUGCCCCCCAGCACAAGAUGCCCAGGCAUCACUAGUCUUCCAUCUAUCCACUUUACUUUUUUUCUU